AUGGAGCACAUCAAAGCACCACCGGAGUUGGUUCUCACAACGGUGGACGGAAACUUAGCCGAGAGAUGGCUUGAAUCAUCACCUAAACACGACACAGAGUUUGGGAGAGAUGAAGUGUUCGUAAACCUGAAGUUGUGUCAAGUAAGCGUGAAAUUCAAAGUUGACACUGGCUCGCAAGCCAAUAUGAUUCCUCUCAAAACUGUGCAGAAAUUACGACCUACAGUCAAAGUGGAGAAGUCCAAGGUAACGCUGACAAGCUACACAGGGGACAAGAUACCUGUGGCUGGAAGGUGUGUUAUACCGUACAAGGACAGUCAGUUAGAUUUCUAUGUCACCGACUCCACACAUACUCCGUUGCUCGGAUUUAGGUCAUCGCAAGAUCUAAAAAUCAUCAAGGUUGUACUUACCACCAACACCGAAAGGAAGGAUCCUGUAGACAUGUACCCCAAACUGUUUGAGGGACUUGGCUGCCUAAAAGAAAGUUACAAAAUUCAAAUUGAUGAAUCCGUAACACCGGUGGUGAAUGCUCCUAGAAACGUGCCAGAAGCGUUGAGAGGCAGACUGAAGGACGCACUAAGUGAAAUGGAGAGAGACGGCAUUAUUGAAAAGGUUGACCAGCCCACCGAUUGGGUUAGCUCAUUAGUAGUGGUAGAGAAGCCCUCAGGCAAAUUAAGAGUGUGUUUGGAUCCACGUAAUUUGAAAGUAGCCAUCAAGAGGGAACACUAUCAGUUACCUACCAUUGAGGACAUUGUGUCAAGGAUGUCCAAUGCCAAGUACUUCUCCAAAUUGGAUGCCAAUUAUGGAUACUGGCAGACUGAGGUCAGCUACGUCGGACACCGGCUAACGCAACAGGGAGUACACCCUGAUCCAUCAAAAAUCGAAGCCGUGAAGGACAUGCCUCAACCAAUAGACAAGAAGGGUGUAGAGAGACUGUUAGGUUUUGUGAAUUACCUUUCAAAGGUCAUUCCGAACAUGUCCACCGUCACUGAGCCAAUCAGAAGAUUACUCAAGAGUGAUGUCGAGUUUGAGUGGACCAAGCCACAGGAAGAGGCGUUCAAAGAGAUAAAAAAAGAUCAUCACCAGGAAACCGGUACUGAAGUACUUUGA